AGUCGUAUCGACAACGACGCCAAUAUAGACUCCACAUUUAAUGGAUUCCUAAAAUCCACCUGUGAUAAGGAAGGUGCUGACUUCUUCCACAAUCUUGACAACACAACUGAUACAACGUUCGAUAAUGCUUCUUUCACCAACUUGUUGAACAACAAGGGUCUGCUGCACUCAGACCAAGAGCUCUUCAGUGGUGGCUCCACUGACGCUGAAGUUAGAGCUUACAGCACCAACUCUGCAGCUUUCUUUUCCGAUUUUGGGAACGCCAUGAUCAAGAUGGGGAGCCUUGAUGUAUUGACUAGAAGUCUAGAACUGUUCACCAUCUCCUCAUCGUCUUCAGGAAUACCCCCAGCGUCGAGUUCGCCACCGAGUUCCGGAACAAGUACGUGCCUGUCAAUCUCCACCUCAGUUCUUCUCCAGUGCUCCCUCCCCUGGUUGUCCUUCACCAAUAGACUGCAAAAUCUUGGGUGUUGUAUCAUGAUGGAGCUCUUGACUUGUUCUUUCAAGUAGUUAACAUCGAUGGGGUUCUUUAAGCCCAGUGCGCAGUUGAUCACCUGAUUCAUUUCGCGCAGGAAAAACCGCCAAGCUUUGCUUUCACUUAUAGCCGGCCGUCGAUUUUGAUAUCGUUGCGUACGUUGAUUCCUCAUUUUCAAAGCACCAAGUUUUGAGAUUCAUUUGAUAAAGAAAAUUCGAUGAAACUUAAGAGACGUUUGUGUCUUUUCCCAUGACAUUUAACGGUGAGUUAAAUGUUGCAUUUUAAAGUUAAAGUUCGGGUAUUAGAUUGUUGCACAAGUUUUGAAAUUCAUUUGAUAAAGUUAAAUGUUGGAUUUAA